AUGCUCGAAGAUAUGAGCAACUCGCCUUCAACUUCUCGUCGGCGGUCCAAACCAUCCCAAGAAAACUGGGACGAUGACUUCGAGUUUACUUUGCCAGCUCGGAAAUCAACCAACAAGAAUUCAUCUAUACCUAGCUCAAAAUCUUCGAAGGGGAAAGGAAAGGAUGAGAAUGUACCUAUACCUAGAGCUGACAGUCCUAUAGAGGACUCGGAUGAGAAUUGGGAUGAAUCACCUCCUCGUCCCAAUCUACCUCAACCUAAUUUAUUGACCAAACAUGGGGGAAAGAAAUCAUCUAUACCUCCUCCUAUCAAUAUCCCUUCUUCAUCUAGCACUCAUCGUAUAAAUCCACCUCGAUUAUCCCCAUCCCAAUCAGCGGAUCUAUCAAUAUCACCUUUACCAACUUCAUUCUCUUCUCCCCAACAACCGCUUCUUCCUUCACGAUCCCAUUCCUCCCUCUCGAUGGGUCCCAGUCCAGAUGGUCUGCAACAUCAACAAUCACAGCAUCUACCUAGGUUACGAUCCGGUUCAACUACAACAUCUACAGUAACGAGGAAUAAGUUGAUCAAACGACAUCCUUCAACUUCUUUCGUUUCUAUACCGAAUUCCCAUUCAUCUUCUAAUUUAGCACUGGCAUCUGGUCUGUCUAAUCAAUCAGAAGCAAGUUUGAACUCGAUGACGAUGCUUAAUCGAUCGUCACCCAAUCUAUCACAGAACUCACCUUCAUUGCCCAGAAGCACCUCAGGCGAGCAGAUGCCUCCUCCGCCUCUCCCUCAAGCCAAUGGAGGUAUUCUGGGCAGAUCAAGGAGCGGGUCAAAGAGCAAGGCCAAGACUGGACAAGAGGUUAGGGUCUCGAACAUACCGUUCAGUCCAAGUAGAGAUGAUAUGCAGGAGAAGGGGAAAGAGAAGAGACCAGGAUUUUGGAAAAGGUUAUCUGGUGCUCCAACUACAGGCGAACACAACGAGGGGACACCUCAGCAUCGUCGUCGUAGAAGUUCAUCAGUUGGUGUCAAACAUCUACCCUCUGGUUCACCUCGUCCGCCUGUACCUCCAUUACCUAUGAAUCUCCGUUCACCCUCUGGGGCAUCAAGUACAUCCACCUCGUCUGCCAAGUCUGGUCCUACAUCUGCUUUCUCCGCUCUGUUACGUCGAUCGUCCAGUAGUCUAUCGAAACGUUCAGACAAGUCGAGAGAUACCCCACCUUCGUCAUAUCCUUACACGUCCUCAAAAAAUGGAAUCAGCUCAAGCAGUGUAAAUUCCUUCGUCCAACAACCCGUCUCGUUACCUUCGAGUAGAAAAGGUGAUGUUACGCCUGAACUGCCAUCCUCAGCAUCUUUCUCAAGAGGUUUUCACUUACCCUCUCCUUCACCUGGAUCGCCCUAUCAUCCUUCCAAAUCUCGUGUCCCCUCAGCUGCUCAGCAAUACUUCGAUCUGCCACCCUUACCUCAUUCGACAUCUUUCCCCGGACCGCAGACACGAUCCAAAAAAGGGAGUGGUAGUGGGAGCGACACCGAGACUGAAGGUGAUAGUAAAACACCCAAGAAAAGGAAGAAGAUCAGACCCAUAUCUGCUUUACCUGCACCCAGGACAUACCAAGAUGAACCCAUACCAGGCUUACCGAUAAGUAGACAAACUUCUGUUGGUGAUCUUCAUUCAACCAGAUCCAGCCAAUCUCCAGCUUCGACUUUCGCACAAGGUACUACAUCCACUCUGAAGAGACUAAGUUCGUUAUCGAAGAAACACGGUAGAAGAUUGUCAGGAGGUUGGAAAUUUGGCACGAACUCUUCUAGCGAUUCCAACAAAUCCGCUACGAGAUCUCUGGAACCUGUUUUGGGAUCGCCUUCAAAACCUUAUAAAAACGAUGACGACUUGCCUUUAUCUCCUACUUCGCCCACGCCCAAUCCAGAAACUGAAGAGGAGAUGAGGAAAGCUAUCAGAGCUGGAUCUGUUUCAGCGCCUACAUCGAUGUUCACUCAACCUCGUUCUCAAGCGGAUGUCAAUGACAUACCAUCGGAGGAAGUGAUAGCUGCGAAGGAGAAGGAGAAGAAAGAGAAACAUCGUAGAAGACAGAGUUGGAAUGAUUUUGUGAUUCCCAGGGAAGUCAUGAUGAAGCAGAAGGGGUUGAAGGAAGGUAUAGGAGCGGUCAAGAUGUUUGCGGGUGGAGUUGCUACCCUCAAAACACUCUUGUCCACCCACGCCGACAUACGUGAUCGUAUACUCUCAUCUGGAUCACAAGUAGACGCUGCAAAUUUCGCAUCUCUCGAUUCUGAAUUCGAACAAUGGUUGGAAAUGGCCGUUGUGCUGAUCGAAGUCGGAUCGACAGGUGCAGAUCCUUCCACUCAACCUUCUUUCUCAUCACCACCGCGAUCUAGGAGAGUCACCUUAGCGUCAGACGAAGCGAAAGCUGCCUCUGCGGCAAUGGCAAAAGCUGCUUCAGCACCUGGUGGUCCAACCAUACCUGUCUCACCGUCCUCAUGGCGGAAAGCGAGUUUACCUGACCCCGAGGAGACUAGUCUCAGUAUGAUGGGCCCCCCUCGAGCGGACUAUCCAGAACAAUGGAGAGCGUCGACUGGUCGACAAGACUUGUCAAAAAGGCAACUAGAAGUUUUACGAACCAUGUUGAGAACCCCCAUGUCUGCCAAUACACCUAACAGAGAUGGGAGUAGACCAGGUAUGGGACCCAGAACGGCCAGUACGUUAUCCGCAAGCUCGACGGUCAGUUACUUGCAAGCUCAAGGUAGUCCAAGUCCCAAUUCGAAGAUCCAGAUUCAACGGGGAUCGAUGUUAACACCUGAUUCCGGGUCGAUCUCAUUCCCUUCGCCUGGUGAUUCAGCUCAUAUCCAGCCGUCAAAUUCGUUCCCUUCGCCCCUUAGUGCUGCUAGGUUGAACCAUAAUUAUAGGAGUCUAAAGGAUCGACGAGCAAGUAAAGCCGGACUGGCGGGUUUGAAAGAGUUUUUAAGGUCGCUGAAGAAAGAAAAGAAUACCGCACCUAACACCGCGGCUUCAGGUGGAAUUGGAGGAUUAAGUCCACUGAGGAUCAAAAAUAGAUUCGGAAUAAAGAGCUCUACUUCACCACCUGCAUCUCCGACUUCACCUGUAUCGCCCAUGUUCAGCCCCAACGUUAAUACCGGUAACAACGAUGUAUCUUAUCCUACUCAGCGAUCAUCUUUCUCAGCUCUAGGUGCAGCUUCGGGAAAAAUCCCUCAAACACCUCAAACUGCUCAACCUAUCUUAUCUACAACUAGAUCAAGAGCGGGUACCGAGUCAUCUUUCAACAGAGGAGGAGUUCUAGGGCCGGAACAGAAAAGACCUUCUAUCAGGAAUAUCUUCCGGACGUCUUCCGGCAAUUGGUCAGAAUUAGUCAAGAAUGAUCCUCACCUACCGCCUGCGCCAAAUUCCAACACCUCCUCGCCUAGUGGUAGUGGUGGUGGGUUGAGUAAGAAGCUAUCCGCUCAGAGAUUAGGUUUCUCAUCUUCGAAAUCGAUGAAUAAGAUCAGUGUGUCCGAUCCUAUACCUUCCAAAAUCCCUUUACCUCAAUCCGCUUCAUCAAGUACUCUACAUGCCAAAACAAAUACUCCUCCUUGGAAUGGGAAAGAUCGAGAGGGAGAGAUGACUUUAAGACCUACUGCUAAGAAGAGGGUAUCGGGUUUAGGUUUGGGAUUGGGUUGGCCUGAAACUUCCACUUCUACGUCCACCGGAAUGGGAACUCCAAUCAAAACUAGUAAUGGAAGUGGAAACAGUGGAAUAGGUAUAGGAGAGAUGGGUACGGUAUAUGAAAGCCCCCAUAAAUUCGAUCGUGACCAUGCAAACGAACAAACAUUGAAACAACAUCGACAUGUCAUUCCUACACCUGCUUCACCGAGUAAAAUUAGAUCUCCAUCGAAUACAUCUAUCUCAACUUCAGGUAGAAUCCCUUCGAAUGAUAUCUCUGUUACCAAUCUCAAUAUACGAUCAAGUGAAGAUUCCACUUUGACCAAUGAUCAUGAUUUGACUAUAAUAGCCCUUACGCCCGAAAACUUACCUACAUUGUUGGAAUAUCUUAGACAGUGCGAGAGAAUGUUAGGGGUAUGGAAAGAGAGGGUUGAAGAGGUUAUCGAGAUUGAUUAA